GUGCCCCUAACCCUAUAAUCUAAUGAUACCAAACAAGGUAAGUCCUGUUUCCAAAUCCAAAUCCAAACCCUAAUCCUAAUCCCAUCAAAUCAGUAUUGCGAACACAAGUCUACAAAACCCUCUCUCCCCGUUUCUCUAUCGCCGCCUCCUCGUCCUUCAACAGUCAGAACUCUACAAAACCCUCUCUCCGUUCUUCUAUCGCCUUUUCCUCCCUCAACAGUCUAUCGCCUCCUCCUUCAACAGUCAGUGCUUCAACCGUCAAUCAGAAUCAUGAGCCGGUCGGGUCAGCCUCCGGAUCUGAAGAAGUACAUGGACAAGAAGCUCCAGAUAAAGUUGAAUGCAAACAGGAUGGUUGUUGGGACUCUUCGCGGGUUUGAUCAGUUUAUGAAUUUGGUGAUUGACAACACUGUAGAAGUUAAUGGGAAUGAGAGGAAUGAUAUUGGCAUGGUGGUUAUCCGAGGGAAUAGUGUGGUCACAGUUGAAGCUCUCGAGCCCGUUCCCAGAAAUCAGUAGCUUCAGUUUGAUGAUGAUUUUGUGCAUGCUCUACAACAUGGCUGCUUGUAUGGAUAUUAUCGACAUGUCAAUCCCCUUGUAUGGGUGGCAAUUGUAGACCUGCUCUUGUUAAAACUUAAAAUCUGAAUUAUGUGUUGUUUCUUAACUUUCGUGGUACAGUGUCUUGUCUGUUUCUUAAAGUCUUUGAUUAGAUACUAAUUGGUUCACAAUAUUGGGAAUUGGUCUAUGAAAUUGUCUGUAAAAGGUAAUUCUGCGGUAUGACUCUUUUUUUUUUUC